CUCACGCCCAAAUACAUUUCAGUUUGGCGCCAAUUUCUCGUCUUCUAAACAGUGAGCCCUCGCCGCCGUCCACCUCCGCCUCCGGGAAUCAAAAUGCAGCGGCAGAAAUCGAUACUUUCGUUCCUCAAAAGACCUGAAACCUCGAGCGCAAGCAAACCGGUCGUUCUGGAUGCUUCCGAUGAAGAAGUUAAAGGAACCGACACUCCGCCCGAGAAGGUUCCGCGUAAGAUCUUUGCCGAUAGCCGACCGUCGCUUUUCUCCAGCAUCAAACACAAGUUUUCAAAAGCCGAUUUCAGUCAAAAUACUUCAUCUCACUCCAGGUUCAACUUGGAUAAUGUUUCAAGCGUUCAAUCUCUUCCCCUGAAAUUGGACGGGCCAGAAGUUUUGUGCAAUGAACGUUCAGUCACAAUCCAACCCAAAGAGCAAAAUAUAUUCAGUGCAAGCAGACCACUGGGUUCUGCUGGAGACAAAAGUGGUUCAUUUUUAUCCGCUUUGGAGGAUGAUGUUCUUGGGCCAGACACACCAGGCAUGAGACCUCUUAUCCCUAGGUUAAAGCGAGUCCAGGAGGAUAUUAGUAAUUUCAGGGACAAGGUUGAUUUUUCUCUACCAGAUAACAGGAAAAAAGCAAAAAUUCAUCAGUCUUCCAAUGUUUCAAAGAAUGUUCUUGAUGAGGACACUGAAACGAUCAGCAAGUUUGAAUGGCUACAUCCAUCUCGACUCAAGGAUGCAAAUGGAAGAAAGCUAGGGGACCCUCUUUACGAUAAGAGGACGCUUUACAUCCCUCCUGAUGCUUUGCGAAAAAUGUCAGCAUCUCAAAGGCAGUAUUGGGAUGUCAAACGCCAGUAUAUGGAUGUGGUUGUCUUCUUUAAAGUGGGAAAAUUCUAUGAGCUCUAUGAAUUAGAUGCUGAAAUUGGUCACAAGGAACUUGAUUGGAAAAUAACACUUAGUGGUGUUGGAAAAUGUCGACAGGUUGGCGUAUCUGAGAGUGGAAUUGACGAUGCCGUUCAGAAAUUGAUAGCCCGUGGGUACAAGGUCGGUCGAAUAGAACAACUUGAGACAUCAGAACAAGCAAAAUCCAGGGGCUCGACAUCUGUUAUUCAGAGAAAGUUGAUUAGUGUACUCACUCCUGCAACCACGUGUGAGGGCAAUAUUGGGCCUGAUGCUGUUCAUCUUCUUGCCAUAAAAGAGGAUGGUCUGCUGGGGAAUGGUUCAAGUAUAUUUGGGUUUGCAUUUGUGGAUUGUGCUGCCUUAAAAUUUUGGGUUGGUUCUAUCAGCGACGAUGCAUCAUGUGCAGCUUUGGGGGCUUUGCUAAUGCAAGUGUCGCCAAAGGAAAUUAUUUAUGAAGGCCUAGGGCUGUCUAAAGAUGCUCAGAAAGCUCUUAAAAAGUACAAUUUGACAGGAUCAACUUCUUCCCAACUAAAUCCAACUGAUGCUUUUGGCGAAGCCUUGGAAGUCAGAAAUAUUAUUGAAACAAAUAGAUAUUUUAGCGGGUCUUGUGAUUCAUGGCACCGGAUACUCGAUGGAGUUGUGCACCGUGAUCCUGCAUUAUGUGCCCUGGGCGGACUUAUUAAUCAUCUAUCAAGAUUGAUGUCAAAUGAGGUCCUUCGCAAUGGAGAUAUUUUUUCUUAUGAAGUGUAUAAGGGUUUCCUCAGAAUGGAUGGCCAGACGUUGGUAAAUCUAGAGAUUUUCAAUAAUAAUGCUGAUGGUGGCCAAUCAGGUACCCUGUACAAAUAUCUUAACAAUUGCAUAACACCAUCUGGUAAGAGGCUCUUAAGGAACUGGAUAUGCCAUCCUCUUCAAGAUGUAGAUAAAAUAAACUGCAGGCUUGCUGUGGUUGAGGACCUGAUAGCACAUUCCGAAAUUACACUACACAUUGCCCAAUCUCUUCGCCAGCUUCCAGAUUUGGAAAGGUUGCUUGGACGUGUAAAGUCUAGCUUCCAGUCUUCCUCAAUACUGUUGUUGCCCUUAAUUGGCAACAAAUUAUUGAAACAGCGAGUAAAAGUCUUUGGUUCACUCAUAAGAGGGCUGCGAAGUGGAAUGCAAAUGUUAUUGCCUUUGCAAGAGCAUGAUAUCAUGACAUCUUCGUUAUCGAAAGUGAUAUCCCUUCCUAUGCUAAGUGGCAGCGAGGGGCUUGAUAAAUCCCUGGCUCAGUUUGAAGCAGCAAUAGAUAGCGACUUCCCCAAUUACCAGAAUCACAAUGUCACAGAUUCGGAGGCUGAAACAUUAUCAAUAUUGAUGGAGUUGUUUGUUGAGAAGGCAACUCAAUGGGCUCAAAUGAUACAUGCCAUAAACUGCAUUGAUGUACUAAGAUCCUUUGCUAUUUCUGCAAUUUCUUCUUGUGGGGCGAUGUGUAAACCUACAGUUUUGCCUCACUCUAAAUUUGCAAAUCCAUCCUCGGAUGCAACGUGUCCUAUACUUCGAUUGAAAGGGUUGUGGCAUCCUUAUGCCCUUAGUGAGAGUGGUGGACUGCCUGUGCCGAAUGACAUCUAUCUUGGAGGAGAUGGAAGUAGUUACUUACCUGGCACAUUGUUAUUGACUGGGCCGAACAUGGGUGGGAAGUCAACCCUCUUACGUGCAACUUGUCUGGCUGUUAUACUGGCUCAGCUAGGCUGUUAUGUGCCUUGUGAAACGUGCACUCUAUCAGUUGUAGACAUCAUAUUCACCCGACUAGGUGCAGCAGAUAGAAUCAUGACAGGGGAGAGUACCUUUCUUAUUGAGUGCACAGAGACGGCAUCAGUUUUGCAAAAUGCUACACCGAACUCGCUUGUUCUUCUUGAUGAGUUGGGUCGAGGAACGAGUACUUUUGAUGGAUAUGCUAUAGCAUAUGCUGUAUUCCGACAUCUCGUUGAAUCAGUGAACUGCCGUUUGAUGUUCGCAACACACUACCACUCUCUCACAAAGGAGUUUGCAGCCCAUCCACGUGUCAAACUUCAACACAUGGCGUGCUGUUUCGACUGGACAUCCAAAUCCACAACACCAUCACAGUCCAACCAAAAGCUAAUCUUUCUCUACAGACUAGCCUCCGGUGCAUGCCCAGAGAGCUACGGCAUGCAAACAGCUCUCAUGGCUGGGAUUCCCAGCUCGGUAAUUAAAUCAGCCUCGGAAGCUGGUGAAGUCAUGAAGGAAAUAGUCGCCGGAAGUUUUAAGAAGAGCGAGCAAAGGGAGAACUUCUCCACAUUGCACGAAGAGUGGCUCAAAUCCCUUUUAUCCAUUUCAACCACAUCGUCGGCUGAUUUCGAUGACGAUGCGUUCGAUUUCUUGUUUUGCCUGUGGCAUGAACUGAAGAGAUCUUGUAAGUGAUUCCAUUCCAGCCCCCCUUUUUCCUUAUUUACUUGUUAUCUUUCUCUACGUUCGAAUGAAAUGUGUGUGAAGGGCAUUUUGGUCUUUUGAACAGAGUAAGAACAUCGCAUGCAUAACAGGGGAAUGUUUGUGUAAGUUAUUGCUGUGAGUCUGUGGCUCAGUAAAAACACAACUUAUGGUUUUAGGUGCAUUUCCCAUAUAAUCCUAUUAUGCAUAUUCCUUUUCAGCUGAAUUAUUAGUUUCUUCUGGUCCCGAUUUCGUAAUAACCUACUAAAUUAUUAGUUCGUUAAUUUAAUAGAAUUCUG